AUGCGUUACGUUAGUGUUUCUGUGAUCGACACUCCAGGACUGUUUGAUACUGAACUUACUAACGAGGAGAUCCAGAGAGAAAUCAGACACUGCAUCUCCAUGAUCCUGCCUGGACCACAUGUGUUCAUCAUUGUGCUCAAUUUAGGACAACGAUUCACUCAAGAAGAGGCAACAUCUUUGAAGAUCAUCCAAGAGACGUUUGGUGAUAAAUCUUUAAUGUUCACCGUGGUGCUCUUCACCAGAGGAGACGAUCUGAAGGACAAAACCAUUGAACAGUUUCUGGGAAAACCAGGAUCUCCUCUGAUGAAGCUGAUUGAAGCGUGUGGAAACAGAUAUCAUGUGUUCAGUAAUAAUCAGACUGCAGACCGAACACAGGUGACUGAUCUACUGCAGAAGAUAGAUGACAUGGUGAAAGAAAACGGAGGGAGUUUCUACUCAUGUAAGAUGUUCAGAGAGAUGGAGAGAGAAAAACAAGAACAACAAAUGAAGAUCCUGAUGGACAGAGUGAGAGAAAGAGAGGAAGAGAUGAAGAAACAUGAGGAAGAGAAAGAGAGAGUGAAGAUGAUGAUGGAGGAAGAACGACAGAAUCAGGACAAAGAGAGAAAGAGAAGAGGAGAAGAAGAGUUUAAUGAGAGAGAAGAGAGAUAUAAAAGAGAAAUGAGAGAGAUGAAAGAGGAACGAGAGGAAUGGGAGAAACAGAAACUAGAGGAAAAGACGAGAAGAGAAGAAGAGGACGAGAAAAUAAGAGAGAAAGACAAACAGAUUCAGAGACUGCAGAGUGAAAUGGAGGGAAUAGUCAGAGAGAAAGAAAGAAUAGUAAGAGAGAGACGAGAACAACUGGAGGAUUCAGAGAACAGACUGAAAGAAGAAAGAAAGAUGAGAGAAGAUCAGCAGAAGACUCUUGAAGAGAAACUGAGACUCCAGAUUAUCUGUGAGAAACUGAAAGAGCCCAUUGAGCAGAGCGUCUAUAAGAAGACUGCCAGAGAUUUAGCAGAUGAUAUGAGAUCAAACUGUGAAUCACUGAAUGGAAACAGAUCAAAUCUGGAGAAACACAUCCUGAAGACACUGGCAGAAGAGGAGGAUUUCAACAAAUACAUGAACUACAUCCAUAAUGCCAGAGAUCACUUCAGUGGUUUCAUCAGAGAUGAAGUCAGUCGGUACAUCACUGAUCAGUUCAGUGUCAGUGUUUUACACAAGAUGAAGAUGAACAUUAGAUUCAUGGAGCAGAAGAUCAUGAGAGCAGCUCGUGAAUCUACUGAACAUGUUCAAGUGAACAGAGGAGAUGCUGGUUUGUGGUUGAAGAGUUUCACACAGCAGCUCUCAGAUGAGCUGAUCUUCUCUGAAAAACACCUCACUGGAGUCAAUCAUGAUGAUGUUGAUGAUUUCAAACUGCUAGAAGAGGUGAUGAGACAAGAACUUCCUGCUAUAAUGUCUGACAUCAGCUGUAGAUUCAACACAGAGACAUUUCCAGUAAAUUUGGAUUAUAAGUUCAGGCCAGAUGAGCUUCUGAUUGAUCACUUCUGUCAGUGCUGUUGGGUUCAGUGUCCGUUCUCUGCAGAGUUUCUUGGCUUCAUUAUCUCGGAUAAUAAAGUCUAUCUAUCAUAG